AUGGUAUCUCAGACCCUAGGUGUCUGUGCUACCUGCGACAAACCGGCCACGAUGCGGUGUGCUGGUUGCAAAGAUGCACCAGAUUACCUGCCUGGCGAUGCUCUAGACACUUUUUAUUGUGAUCGGGAUUGCCAGAUAAAAACAAGAGAGACUCACAAGAACAGGUGUCGCAAUUUGUCCCGGCGGAUUGCGCUUCACCGUGCUGCUAAGAUCCUCAAAACUGCGUUAUUGGCGUACAGGGAGAUGGUCUAUGACCUCAAUCUCACGCAUAUCGAAAGUAAGGACGGCAUCCUGAGGCUCCACCAAAUGCCCAAAACAAGACCCAUGCGUUGCGUGUUUCCUGGACAUCUCACCAACAACAUCGAGCAUAAGGAAGCGGCCCUUCUUGUCAAUCAAUGCACGACGGCUAUGGUACUGUUGGGUCGUUUGACUCGCAAGUUGCUCUCAGGGGUUCCUUCGACUUUCGAAAUAGUGGACCUAGAGGUGGGCAAGCCAAGGUUUCCAGCAAAGCUAUACCCAGCACCUGAAUCCAGCGGCGUGCCCCAUACAGUAAUCAUCGUUGGCCGACUAUUCGUGGGGGAGACUUGGAUUAUUGACACAACUGGCUGUCAGUACGGGUUCAAGGAGGUUCUGGUCCCAUUCAAGAGGUAUCUCGAAGACCAUCAAUGUCGGAUGUUGGGAGAACGUACCACAUAUGAUGCGACCGAAACCAAAGACCUAGACUACUACGCUGAGCUUCCUUUCAUGAACACGGCAUUACAAAAGGAGGAUAGGAAAAUUGAACGGAGGGCUCGGCUGCAUUUCGCUAAGUUUGUUGAUGGGCAAAUAGCCCCUGACAUCCUACAGGGUCCAAGUAAAGUGUUUGAGGAAAAGCGCCUCUUCUUGGAGUCCGAUUUGAAGUUACAUAUGCAGAGUUACAAUAAGUAG